AUGGCCACGUUCUGCAUGCAGACUCUGGGCUGCGAAGUCUCGGCCAUCCAUACCGUGAACUACAGUGAGAGACGAAUCCUCCCGCUUUCUCGAACGAAACCCAAUGCGAUACUGAUCCAGAGGGGAUUGCCGUGUAGGUAACCACGUCGCCUACAAGACGGUCAAAGGCCGCAAGACGACGCCGGAAGAAGUCGCCGAGCUCUACGAGGGGCUCAAGAAGGCGCGCCUCGCGAAUUUCGACAUGAUGCUCUCGGGCUACUGCCCCUCGGCGGCUCUGGUGGAGGAAGUCGGCAAGAUCGGGCGGGACGCGAAAUUGCGCACGAGCACGAAGCCGGGUUCCUUCUUCUGGGUCCUCGAUCCCGUGAUGGGGGACAACGGACGGAUCUACGUCGCGGAGGAUACGGUUCCUGCGUAUAAGAGAUUGCUGAGGGAUGCGGAUCUCAUACUGCCGAAUCAGUUCGAGGCGGAAUUGCUGAGCGAGAGGAAGAUUUCGGAUUGGGGGAGUCUGCGGGAGGCGGUGGAGCAGUUGCAUCGCGGGUUUGGGUUGCCGCAUGUUUUGAUCACUUCGAUACGGUUGCCUGCUACGGGGGCGAGUACGCCUGUUGGGAAAGAGGAAGGGAGAGGGAAGAAGGAUGGUGCGAAGCUUUCGAUUAUCGGCUCGACUGCUACGUCGGAGGGGAGGCCGAGGUUGUUUCGGAUCACGGUGCCUGCUCUGCCGGUCUUCUUCUCGGGCACGGGGGAUAUGCUUGCUGCUCUGCUCGUGGCGAGACUCCGUCAGGCGGCUAGCGCAGCAGGCGUUCUGAGCAAGGCGAGCUGGCAGAGUCCCGACGAGGUGGCCGGACCGGAUCUCCCUCUCGCCAAAGCUACCGAGAAGGUGUUGGCGAGCAUGCAUGCCGUUUUGAAGGACACGGCGGCGCACUACCAGUCGGUUGCGAAGGCGGUCAGCGAAGAGCAAGAAUUGAACGAGGGGAGGGAGAAGGAAAUGAAACAGCAUCUCAUUCUCACGAGAGCGGCGGAGGUGAGGGUGGUGAGGAAUACGAAGGCUCUACGGGAUCCGCCGGACUUGGAUGAGUUCCAGGCUCAGGCGGUCGAGGUCGGAUUGGCAGAAUGA